AUGGCAUUUGGGAAUAUGAUAGUUCUCUAUUUUUGGUCUGUUAGUCUUAUCCUCAAAGGUUUGAAGUUGAAUGCAUUGUUCAAAUUUGAUUUGUUGAUCUUGUGCCAGCUUUACCAUCUUAGGCCAGUGAAUGUGUCUCGUGCAAGUUUAUGCAGACUUUUGAUCUCCUCCUUUGUGGAGUGUUCUUUUCUCUUUGUUGUUUUCUCGCUUGUGUUCUGUCUAGAGCACCGAAGUUACAACAAACAUCAUUGUCCAAAAGCCAAUAAAAAUGAUGUUACUGUCGUCGUCUGCCCACUCUGUGCAAAAGGGGUUAAUCUGGUUUCUGAUGUUGACCCAAAUAUUACUUGGGAGGCACAUGUUAAUACUGAUUGUGAUCCAUCAAACUACGAGAAAGUCACAAAGAAGAGAAAAUGCCCUGUCCCCCGUUGUAGAGAGAUCCUAACAUUCUCAAAUACAAUCAGAUGCCGAGACUGUACUGUGGAACACUGUUUGAAGCAUCGGUUUGGACCUGAUCACCAAUGUCCUGGUCCUAAAAGACCGAACACAGCUUUCCAGUUUAUGGGUUUUUUGAACAGGAGUAGAAAAGAAGACUCGAAAGCAAACCAAGCUCCGGCUUCAUCUUCAUCCAAGUGGGCUACAAGCUUCCUCAAGGCAGCUUCAUCUGUUCGAGCAACAGCUGAAGCCGGAAUGUCAAAACUGAGUAGUGAAUUUAGCCAAGCGUUGCAGGUGGGGCAAAGUGGCAGCAGCAGUAACAAAAGUAGCAGUGGAAGUGAGCAAGUGGAGCAGUGUCCGCAGUGCAAUGCAAAGUUCUCUUCAGUUACAUCUCUAGUUGAUCAUGUGGAGAGGGUCCAUGAAAGGACUGGUGUUCUGAAGGUGACACUCGAUGUCUGCCCCAAAUGUAGUAGAGGUUUUCGUGAUCCAGUGUCCCUUGUGGAGCAUCUUGAGAGGGACCAUGGAGGCACUUCCAAAGCUUAAAGAGUGGAAAGACUGUCGAAAUAGGUUAUUUUGUUCCCUCAUACUCAUGGAGCUGUUAUUUAUUUUCUAUUGCUCAUUGCUUCCAUUGUUCAAUGCUUGUGAAAUUGGAAAUAACAUUUAAAAG